GGAUGUCAAAAUUGUCAGAUGGAAAAUGGAAAUAUGUUAAUAAAAUAAUAAAGUUUAAUAAAAAUAAAAUGGAAGUAAAACAAGAAUUUAGUGAGGAGACGUGUAAAGUAGAAAUAGAGUAUAAUGACUUAAAUGAUGCUCUUCUGGAUGGUUUUAAAUGUGAAGUUAAGGAGGAAUCCAAUACACAAACUACACAUCAUGACACAUCAUAUGAUUAUGUAGACUUCAUCAAGGAAUCUUCUAGACAUACUGAAAUAUACCAAAAUAUAAAUAAACUGAACCCAAUUGAAGACAACCAAAAAACUGAAAAAGGUUUUACUCAGGAGGAGAACAAAAUGAAAAUUAUGGAAACAUUUGGUGAACAUUCAUCGCAUAAAGAACACUGUAUGAGUCGACACGCUGAGGAAAAAACUGAAAAUCAAAAUCUAAAAGUUGAGAUUAGAACGGGACCUUACAAAUGUGAUUUUUGUUUCAAACAGUUUUCUACACCAUAUAAAUUGGAAAUACAUAUGAGAGUGCACAAUGGAGAAAAACCUUAUAAGUGUAAAAUUUGUUUCAAGCGGUUUGGUUAUACAAGUACUUUGAAAACACAUUUGAGAGUGCACACUGGAGAAAAACGUUACAAGUGUGAAAUUUGUUUUCAGAAGUUUAGUGAAAAAGGUACUUUAAAAAAACAUUUGAGAGUGCACACUGGAGAAAAACCUUACAGAUGUGAAAUUUGUUUCAAGCGGUUUAGUGCAGGACAUCAAUUGAAACGUCAUAAUAUAAACAUGCACAAUGCAGAAACAUCUUACAAGUGUGAAAUUUGUUUUAAGCAGUGUGGCGAUGCAAGUACUUUGAAAGUACAUUUGAGAGUGCACACUGGAGAAAAACCUUACAAGUGUGAAAUUUGUUUUCAGAAGUUUAGUGGAAAAGGUACUUUAAAAAAUCAUUUGAGGGUGCACACUGGGGAAAAACCUUACAAGUGUGAAAUUUGUUUUAAUCAGUUCGCUGAGGCAAGUACUUUGAGAAGUCAUUUGAGAAUGCACACUGGAGAAAAACCUCACAAGUGUGAAAUUUGUUUUAAGCGAUUUACUCAGGCAUUUAAUUUGAAAAAACAUUUGAGAGUGCAUACUGGAGAAAAGCAAGAAAAACCUCAUCAGUGUAAAAUUUGUUUGAAGAGGUUUAGUACAGGUAAUCAUUUGAAACGACAUAAUAUAACAAUGCACAAUGGAGAAGCAUGUCAUAAGUGUGAAGUUUGUUUUAGACAGUGUGAGGAUGCAAGUACUUUGAAAACACAUUUGAGAGUGCACACUGGAGAAAAACCUUACAAGUGUGAAAUUUGUCGUAAGCAGUUUAAGCUAUCACGUAGUUUGAAAAGGCAUUUAAAAGUGCACGCUAGAGAAAACUCUUGAAGUGCGAAUUUUUUUACGCAGUGUUUUAAAACUAAGUCAGUCUUGACGGUCCAGUUAGCUGGGGCGCAGUCGAUCGAUAAGUUUAAUGGAUUUGCGAUAUGCGGUCGCUGGUUCGAGCCUCAGCUAGGUAAUGAAAUUUAUAAAAGGCCAACGCCGUAGUAUAAAAUUCAAUAGAGUCUACGGCUUGGUCUGGAUAAACUGGCGUCGGAUCGGCCUAUGGAGGAGCGGUACGGCAAGGGAUAAGGGCUUGCGGCUUGGUGAUACUCCUCCAUAGAUCCCUACCGAUAUAUAUAUAUAUAUAUAUAUAUAUAUAUAUAUAUAUAUAUAUAUAUAUAUAUAUAUAUAUAUAUAUAUAUAUUUAAAACUAAUACUUUGAAAGGACAUUCUUUGAUGAUACACAGCAGAGAAAAACCUUACUAGUGUAAUGUUUAUUUUACUACGAAAUUUCUUGUUUAUUUUUAGACACUAAUUGUUAUACGAUUGACUUUAUUAUUAUUUUUACUAACUUACAUUUAAAUAAAAAGAAAUACUGAA